AGUUCCACCACAACCCAAACCAUGACCAGCUAGCUGCUUGUGACUGAAUAACAUGAAAGAGUUUGUUUUCAACAUUGUCUCAGAUAGGUGUGUCCACAAUGCAUUGUAUCAGAGAAUUUUAAAAGAGUUUAUAAUAUUGGUAUGAAUAUGAAUUAAUAGUCAAUAAUAGUGAUACAAACUCGGUCAUUAAAAAAAAGAAGAAACAACAGCAACAUUAAAAUAGGGGGAGGUUAAAUGCUACACUGACACUGCUCGCGCACCCAAAUAAACAAACACACACACAAUCACACACCUAAUAAAAGCGUACAAGGUGCGAUUUGCCGAAUAUGGGUGAGAUAAAAACGUUACAUGGCUGCACGCAAAAGAAGUAGCGACACUUCCGGGUUUGUUAUUAAACCCCGCCCUUCUUCAUGUUCAUUGGGCUAUUCAGUAGCUUCACGUCAGUUCCGGCAAGCGCCUCUGUUCUAUUGGCUUAGACAGGAGAUCAAGUUUUCUUACACGGCACGGUCGUUUUGUUUUGGGGGGAAGUUCAGUUGUGUAUGUCCAAUUGAACAGAUUAGACUUCAUUAAACGACCCGCUGGACUGCAAGUUGCCCUCUGACAUGUUUGUUUUAAGAAGAUGCUCUUCAGAAGUGAACUUCUUGGACUAAUUCACACACAGUGAAGAUUUAUCACCUGCUAAGAAGUACUCACCCCGGCUGAAUGCUCCAGGCUUUACCUCGGCUGAGCAGAGCUGUGGAGAGGAUUCGCCGUGUGGGAGCUCAACUCAGCAGUAUGGCCCAAAAUGGCGGCACUGAGGACGGAGAACCGGCCACAGCCGCCAUCGUCAUCAUCGGCGAUGAGAUUCUCAAGGGUCACACGGCAGACACAAACAGCACCUUCUUGUGUCGCGGCCUGCGCAAGUUGGGGGUCAGUGUGCAACGCAUCUCAGUGGUGCCUGAUGUGCAGGAGGUCAUCGCUAAGGAAGUGGCUGCGCUCUCACCCACGGUAACGCACCUGAUCACGGCAGGUGGCAUUGGCCCCACGCACGACGAUGUGACCUUUGAAGCAGUGGCGCUGGCGUUCGGCGAGAGUCUGCAUAUCCACCCGGAGCUCACACGUCUCAUUGAGAAGUUCUUCGGCACCGUCGAUUCUACCAGUGCCCCCAUGAAACUUGCCACAGUGCCUUCUUCUGCAAAGCUGAACUACGGUCGAGACCCCCAGACCGGCGAGCCUCUGCGCUUUCCUCUGAUCAGCGUACGCAACGUCUACAUGUUCCCUGGCAUACCUACACUUCUGGAGCGUUCCUUCAAUGGCCUGGUGCAUGUGUUUGCCAGACCGGGAACUGCUUUUCACACACGUGAGGUGUUUGUGAAUGCUGACGAAACAGAAAUCGCUCCCAUCCUGACGAGGUUGCAGUCGGAAUGGGGAAAAUCUAUAGCGCUUGGCUCGUAUCCUGACUGGCUGAGCAACUACUACCACGUGAGGCUGGUGCUGGACUCGGACAGUGCCGACAAGGUGGAGAGGGCGCAGGCCAGGCUGGAGGAGGACCUGCCUAAAGGGAGUGUGGUGCGGCUGGUCAGCGAUCCUGUCACUGUUGCACCCCAUGAGGUCUACUCGCUCGCCUUGAACGGAUCACCCUUGGGAGAGAAAGUAGCUGCAGCUCUGAGGACCAUCGAGAAGGCACUGGAUCAUUACCGACUAAAUGAGAUCUGCAUCGGCUUCAACGGCGGCAAAGACUGCACGGCACUGCUGCAUCUUUUUUACGCUGCCCUUAAACGCCGCUAUCCAGACUGUAAAGACAAGUUGAAAGCUCUGUACAUCCGCAUCGUCUCCCCGUUCCCCGAGAUGGAGCGAUUUCUGCAGGACACGAUUAAAAGAUAUGAGUUGGACCUGAUUGCUGUGGAGGGCAACAUUCGGCAGGCUCUAAAUGAAGUGCAGGAGAAGAGACCUGAGCUUCGUGCCGUUCUCAUGGGCACCAGACGCACUGAUCCAUACUCACACACUCUCACUGCCCUCUGCCCCACAGACCCAGACUGGCCUCCCUACAUGAGAGUCAACCCAUUACUGGAUUGGACCUAUCAUGACAUCUGGUUGUUCCUGAGGACCCUUUAUGUACCUUACUGCAUUCUCUAUGACAAAGGCUACACCUCACUGGGCAGCAUGGAUAACACUUUCAGGAACCUCUCUCUCCAAGUGGUGGACAGCAGGGGUGUCACACAUUAUAAACCUGCCUACCAGCUGGAGAAAGAGGAAGAAGAACGCAGCUCAAGGACGUGAUGGUGUAUAAGUGCUGGUCCAGAUAAAACCAUGCUCAAGAGAAAAGAGCACCCAUCACAGAGGGAUUGAGAUGACCAGGAAAAACUGGAAAACAGCUGGAUGCAUUCAUUCAUUUUCCGUCCUGAUCCGUCCUGCUCAGUUACAGUGGUUCUGGAGCCAAUACCAGCAACACUGAAAUCAAGCCAUAUUCCUGUAACAUGUAUAUGACAGAGAGAGGGUCAUUUUUAUAUCUGUAUGAGAUAUGAUCUGCAUGAAAAGGUAUUUGUCUGUUUUUUCCUCCUUCUCAAUGUUUUAAAUCAUUUACUUAACUGAAUUUUGUGUUUGUGUGUACACUAGAAGUGACCAAAAGACUGAAUGGGCGAUUAUAGUAUGUUAAUAAAGUUUUAACAGUA